GCUCAAGUUUAUCAAAAUACUGGUGAAAGAGAGCCAAGCCGCCGAAAUAUGGCAGAGACAACAAAGGAGGUGCCGAAAUCUUCUCUAUGGGGAGAGGUUGAGGUAGAAGUUGACAUCAAAGCUCCUGCUACAAAAUUCUACCAUGUGUAUGCAGGAAGAACAGACCAUGUCGCUAAAGCAACUUCUAGCAAAGUGCAGGCUUGUGAUCUGCUCGAAGGGGAAUGGGGCACCGUAGGCAGUAUUGUCAACUGGAACUACGUUUAUGCGGGGAAAGCAAAGGUGGCAAAAGAGAGAAUCGAAUUAGUGGAACCAGAGAAGAAACUAAUAAAGUUUAUGGUCAUAGAAGGAGAUGUUUUGGCCGUUUACAAGAACUUCAUAAUCACGAUUCAGGUGACCCCGAAGGAAGGAGAGGUUGGAAGUGUGGUGAAAUGGCAUCUUGAGUACGAGAAAAAUGAUGAGAAUGUGCCUGACCCUGAGAAUUUUCUCCCUUUCUUAGCUGAGAUGACCAAAGAGAUUGACGAACACCUCUUAUCCGAGGAAUAGACACUCUUCUUGAUAUCUAUUUGUCUUGCUUAUGCUAGAUUAUGAUGAAAUAAAUUUUAUGGGUUUAUUGGAUGAUGAUAUGUUUGGUGUUUGCAUAUUUGAUGUCAAGUUUUAUUUGCAUACAUGAUUGCUUUCUUUUGGUUUAGUGCUUAAACUUUUUAUUACUAUGAAGCUAUCGUUUUAACAAAAUCUAGUCUAUUUU